AUACGUUUCUCUUUUUCUGAUUCAAUUUCAACUUCAAAGUUCUUGGUUUCUUGUGAAAGGGCUCAUAAUUGGUUUCUUUCUACAAUAAGCUUUUGAACAGAAGGUUUUUUAUACUUUAUUUUUCUUAUUUAUUUUGUUUUACUUUUUCUUUUCUUGUUUUAAAGUUUGGUUUUCCGAUUUGGUUUAGUUUCUUCCAAGGAUCUAAAAUUUUUAGAUUAACCCGAAGCGGAACAUUUGAAGGUCAUAUACAACUACAACUUAUAUCGUUGCCAACAACCAUUCUGUUUUCUUUUAGGGUAUUUUAGGUUUAUUUUUGUUUUACGUAUUCAUCUGGUUAGCAAUCUUUGGGUACAAUCGAGGGGAAAUUGACAGUUCAUUGUUUACAAUAUUUUCUGGUAACAUAUUACAGAUCAAAUUUGAAUCAUUGUUUCUAGGUUAUAAUCAGAAUAAACAAACACACAAACAAUUGGGAUUAUUAAAAAGGUGUUAUUAUAGAAUCAAGAACAAGGUCAUUAGGUUGUCAUUUCAAGAUCAUCCAGAAAUACCCAUAUCAAACAUUACUACGUUUUUAAGAUAAGUCAUCAAAGGGUUUCUCUUCUAUUUUUGCAUAUUCCAGUUUUAAUGUCUUAUAUCAUCCAGUUAUUGCAUUUCACAUAAUCUUAAAGGUAUAAUUUACAAUAUUUAUAGAGUAUCCCACAUCAACUUACAUAAUUUAACACUCAUACAAACAAAAAUCAUAUGGAUCAAAAUCAACAUCUGCAUCAUCAAUUAGAUGAUUCCUACAAAUUGCGGCAAAAUCAACCACAACAAUUACUGAGACAGCCCAGCCCAAAUAUUCAUAUUCAAACAAAAGAACAUCUGCAUAUACAACAAGUAAAUCCUCAAUAUCGUCAAGAGCAGCAACGACAACAAUAUCAUGGAGUUCAAUACACCGCUCCUCCACAGCAACAGUAUCAAUAUGAUUAUCCGCAUUCUUAUCCGCCACCACCACAACAUCCACCUCGUCCGCAACUUGUUGCUGCACAAUCGCAACCAGUACCUCCUCAACUGCAACCACCACCACCACCACCACAACAACAGAGGUUUGUGCCUGGACCAUCAUCGGCACCAGCAUUUCAAUCAUUCAAUAUAAAUCAACCUACAUUGCCCAAUAUAGAACAGCAGCACCAGCACCAGCAGCAAAUAUCUCCGAUAGAAACAUCGAUUACUUCACCAUUGGAUCGAUCCAAAACAUCUCCAUCUCCCCAAAAGAGGAAGAAAUAUAAAAAGCAUGAUUAUACCCUGCCUGCAGACCAAGGAGAAACUGAAUUGAAGCAGCUUGCUAUGAAUGCCGCGGAUAUACCUUUGGCCGAAUUAGCAUUAAAAAUCAGACAAGUUGAGAAUGAAGGAUCAACAAUCAUAACUCCAGGGAGUUCUGAUCAUUUCAAAGCAAAGGAAAACAAAGAGAGACAACGACAAUUAUUUGGCAUGGUUUGGUUGUUGAACUCCUGUGAACAUUCUCCUACUGCCGUGGUUCCUCGUAAUAGAAUUUAUGCCCGAUAUGUUCAAGUUUGUGCUGACAAUAGUCUUUCACCAUUAUCUCCAGCUAGUUUUGGUAAAUUGGUGAGAAUAUUAUUUCCUACUUUGACCACAAGAAGGUUGGGUAUGAGAGGACAAUCUAAGUAUCAUUAUUGUGGAAUCAAAUUGAACGGUGAUCAAACUUUUCAACUGCAUUUAUUAACACAACAAGCGCUGCUGUCUUCUCAACAACAGCAAUUAAUGAGUGGAUUUUCUGGACAACAAGUUGAUUCACCAAUAUCGUCAUCCAAUUCAUCGUUAUCAUAUGAUAGCUCACCAUCUUCGCUGUCUCAAAUACAUACUCCUUCGUACACUCCGAUUAAUUCACCAUCAAUUGCAAUGACUCCUACAGUCACAGAUCAAUUACCGCUGGUAUCUCAUAUGAAAUAUGUUCCUAAUUUAUUCAAGUUGUUGAAUAGCAAUGCUGCUCCAAGUUCAAAUCCAUAUACUCCUAUUCAAUUACCAUCCAUAUAUCCCUAUUUACCUCGUGAUACUGACUACGAUAUAGCUGAUACCCUUCAUUCAUUAUACAAGCUUCAUGUUAACUCCAUUUUUGAAGCGUUGAGAUUCAUGCAAUUAAAGAAACUCUUUGCUAGUUUCAGCAAUUUUAAUAGUAAGUUGACUGCGCCAGCUUUCAAACUUUAUACUAAUGAAUGUAUUAUUGAUUGGGUAAAGCAAUGUGAUUUGUUAAUGUAUAAGAAAAUGAUUCGGAUGUUGAACAAGUUACAAUUACAAUUCUUGAUUCCAACAGAACAGUUGCGGCAAUUGAAGCAAAUCUCAAAUGGAUAUAUCAAGACUUUGUCUGGUACGUUGAUGAAUGGGAAAAUUUCCAGGAACUUUGUUAUUAUGAAAUUGAAACUAGCAAAACACUUUGUGAAUUUAUUGAAUCGAUUAAUUAAAGUGAUUGAAACUGGACAACCUGCGUCUCGUAUUUUAACUGAUGCAUCCGAGAAACAUUCCAUGGUUCAGGAUUGGAAUAAAUUGGAUAUUCGUGAAUUAAUCAGUCGUGAAAUUCCAUGUGGUGACCAAAAUAUAGAAACUUUGACAUAUAUAUUAAAGCAAGAAGUAGUGGAUUUGCUUGUUGAUAAAGGUGAGUCUGGUCCAACCAUGUUCGAUUUUGCUGAAUAUAUAUCUGGUCUUCCAGGACGAUUUCCCCAAAUCAAUGCUAGAUUGUUUUUGUUGUUAUCGUCUAACUUAUUAACUGCAUGUCUUAGGGACAUUAGCUUGGCUGGAGGAGAAGGUUUCGGAGCUUGGUGGAUCGUGAGAUGUUGGACUGAUGAAUAUUUGUUGUUGACUGUUGAAUUGGGUGGAUUUUUUCUGGAUGAUUUCCAAGCAAUGGAAGCUAUUAAUUUGCCAGUGCCAGUACCAAGUUUUGCCAGUGAAAGAAUCGAUGCUGGCCCUGUGGGAGUGAAUUCGCAAGGAUCACCAACAGAAUCCCAACAAAUUGAGACACAGCACAAUCAAAGAUCGUUCCCCGGAGAUGGUUCCAGCAUUAAUGAAGCAAGCAAUCCGGUAAGUGGAGCCGGAAAUACUUCAGGAUUUGACAAUUCAUUAGGUGUAAUUGAUUUGUUAGAUACCUCGUUAGAAUUCGAGACUCGUAAUUCUCAAUUAGCAAGCAUGCCUUCUCAAUCGGAAAUAUUGGUCAACUAUGAGAGUAAUAUCGAAAGUAUUCUCAACCAAUGAAACAGUUGUUUCAUUAUUAUGCAUUUUUUAACUUUUAAUAUAUUUAAUUAACUCUGGUUAAGAUUUAU